GGCUGGGCAGCUUCCCUUUUUGAGUAGUGGAUGGAGGGGAGCAGUGGAAUGACCAGUUAGUCUGUUCCCCCUGGUGGCGUCCUUCCGGGCAGCCCCUGCGUUGCUUCCAGAGCUCAGGGCAGCCUUUUACGCGUGCUUUGCGUCGCCUGCGGCGCCUGCGGCAUGUCCGGCACAUCCUUCGAGACGACCCUAUUUGUUUGAUUUGAAAUUUCCGGCUGCUACUCCUCCGGGUCCCGACGUAGAACGGUGCGGCCGAAGGACCCGUACAGCGGCACCGGCCCAUGGACCCAGCUUUUCCGUCGAGACGUAUCCCUCUCUCCCUCGCCGCUGUGCUGCUUUCGACGAAGGCAGCCCAGCAGACGUAAGCACCGAUAACACCGCCUUCGUGACCAGCGGUAGCAGGCAGCCCCACCCAGGGCACAAGUACAGGCAGCCCCACCCAGGGCUCCAGCAGCUGCCCCCAGGACGAUGCCCGUCCUCGCCCCCUCCAAUGGGCGCCGCCAGCGCCGCGAGGGCAAGCGCGCGGCCGCUUUGAAAUUUAUGGACAAAGUCGAACCCCUGGUCGCCGAGCUCAUCCAGUGCGCCGACACGACGCUCGCGUUAAGGAAUGACACGGACGUCGCCGAGGCCAUGCUCCGCUUCUUAAGGCAGCGCGUCGCGGGCGUGCCGCCGCCGCCCGCCCAAUCUCCGCCGCGGCACGCCGUCGCGGCGCCUCCCUCGAAGAACGUGAAGCGCGAGCUCAAGCCCUUAUUGUGCGACAUGUGCAAAAGAGCUUGUGCGGCGCGACCGACGGACGUCGACGCGUUCUUCGUCGCCUAUCUUGAGAGAAGGCCCGCCUUCAUCCAACGUACGAGUAGAGACGCGAGUCGCCGCGAUUUAUUAAGUGAGUGGUGGGCGCCGCCGGACCGGUGGCGUUUAGUAUGGGCUGACGAGUUCGACUAUGUCGGUGCACCGGAUGCAACGAAGUGGGAGUACCAGACGACGUGCAACGCCUGGGUUCAUGAUGAGGAACAUCUAGAACUACAGCACUACACGGAGCGCAACGCGGUUGUUGAGGACGGCUGCUUGAAAAUCACCGCGCGGCUCGAAGAGGAAGAGGGCUGCGCGUACACGUCCUCGAGGUUACGGACGCAGUAUAAAGGCGACUGGUUGUACGGGCGCAUCGAGGUCUGCGCCAAGCUGCCUCCCCACCACCGGGGCCUCUGGCCGGCCAUCUGGCUCCUGCCGACGGACGACGCCUACGGCCACUGGCCGUCGAGCGGCGAGGUCGACGUCAUGGAGCACGUCGGCUGGAAGGAGAAAGGCACCGUCCACGCGGGCGUGCACACGCGGACGUCGAACCACCGAGACAAGACGCACAGGACCUCUUCCACGGUAGUGGACGACGCGCACGACGCCUUCCACGUCUAUUCGCUCGUGUGGCGUGUUGAUGGAAUGGACGUCUUCGUUGACGGGGAUUUGGUGCAUAGAGUCCUCAGAUCUGAAGAGGAGGACUGGCCCUUCGACAAACGCUUCUACCUGCUACUGAACGUGGCAGUCGGGGGCAAGUGGGCGGGCAAGCACGGCGUCGACCCCGAGGCGUUCCCGGCGACGAUGGAGGUCGCGUACGUGCGAGUCUACCGCGAGCGCUGUUCUUAGGUUUCGAGCGUAAGUUUGUGGUACUGUGGCUUGCAAAAUUCCAAAAGAA